UUCCUGCCAUGAUCAUGCACACUCCGGUCCAGCAGGUGGCAGUGUGCGCCUGUCCUGCUGCUUUGCAUCCAACAGUGAAAGUAGAUGUCUAUGGCUGUAACUGCAUGUCCAUGCUGAGAUGUCGGGGACAGACAGUUCAGUGGCCUGUGGACAGUUUCAGACUGUCCCCCUGUCAGAGCUGGACUUCCCCGGUCAGCCGUACUCCGUGACCGUCCUUAAAGCCGGAUACUGUCUCCCUCAAACCGACGGUACGUUUAGAGCCGACGGGACCAUCACCCUCAUAACAGGACCCAGGACUAUUCUGGUGGACACCGGAGGGCCGUGGGACCGGGACUUUCUUCUAACGACACUGAAAGAGAGGGGUCUGGAACCAGGGGACGUUAACGUGGUGGUGGGGACUCACGGACAUUCAGACCAUGUAGGUAAUCUGAGUGUUUUUCCAGCAGCAGUGAUGAUUGUGGGAUAUGACGUCAGUGAAGGGGACACAUACCGUCCCAACCAGCUGGCAGAGGGACAGGCGUACUCCAUUGAUAAGCAGGUAACUGUAGUCCCUAGUCCAGGCCACACAGGACAAGAUGUCAGCGUCCAGGUGACGGAAACCUCAGCGGGCACAGUGCUUGUUGCAGGGGACUUAUUUGAGUGCUGCUCAGAUGAAGACAGCUGGCGGGAUUUGAGUAUUAACACUGCAGUGCAGGAGGUCAACCGCCAGGAGGCACUACGUACUGCUGAUGUCAUCAUACCGGGUCAUGGACUCCCAUUUAGAGUCCUCAGGAACUGAUUAGCCAACCUUGAAGAUCCAUAGUCUUUUCUCUCUGCAGGCGGUUUGACUUGUAACAGCAGGAAAAGCACAGGUGAAACUGAAUGGGUUAACAAUGACUCAGUUCCAUCAAGUGUCCAUUAAGCCAUGACAGGGAGGUGGCAUGCAUGAUACCAGGACUCUGGAUCUAGCUUACGUAAAUGGAAAGCAGUGAUUUUUAAUGUUGUCACUUACAGCUUGGCUUUUCCUGCUGCGAUAAUCUUAAAUUUCUGCUGUGGAAAGGUCUACACUGGGUUAUAUAAGGAUAUCACUUGACUGAGUGUAGGUGGAGUUUUACGACUUAACUCGAUUGUUGUAAUUCCAACCAAAGUUCACACAGGGUCAGCUUACUCAAGAACACUGCUUAUCUGUAAACAUUAAAAUUAGAGAUAUACUUUCAGAUAUGAGUGAAAUGUAUGUGUUCUUCAUUGAAUAAAAUAUAUUUUAAUACAGA